AUGGCAAAAAGGUUAGCCAUCACUGUCCUAGGAUAUACUGCAGCUAUGGCUUGCAAGUCUCAACCAAUAAAAUGCAGCAUCCAAGAUCCUAUCCCCAUUGAUCACAAAUAUUUCCAACCAGGUGACCUAAUCAUUGGUGGCAUGACUUCUUUUGUCUUCAUAACUAGAGAUGUAGGAAGCUUUGAGAAAGAUCCCCAUCAUUCAACUGUGGGUGAAUCUCUAAUCCUGACUAAGUAUUAUCAUCAUAUCUUGAUAAUGAUAUUUGCUGUGAAGAAGAUCAAUGAAGACCUCCAGCUCUUACCUAACAUCACCUUGGGCUUCCGAAUAUAUGAUAAGUAUGCUGGCUAUCAUGCCAAAAUGGAACUUUUUUCCAAUGAGAACAGAUUUGUUCCCAAUUACAAGUGUGGCAUCCUGAACAAACUGAUAUCGGUUGUUGGGUCUAUUGAUCCUGGAAUCUCUUUAGUAGAUAUUUUAGAUACUUACAAAGUUCCACAGUUCCCAACUGUUUCUUCACCAAAUGAAAGCCCUUUCUACUACCACAUGGUUGCAGAUGAAGAACUUCAUUACAGGGGGAUUAUUCAACUACUCUUACACUUCAGAUGGACUUGGAUUGGGGUACUUACAAAAAGACUUAGAGGAAGAACAUUUGAUCAUCUAAUCUUCUCAAUGUUUCCUCUCCAUGGCAUCUGCACUGCCUUCGUGGAGCAAUUGAGAUCAAUUUAUAUCAACAAUUUUUUUGAUAUUUUGAAAUGGCUUGUUGAAACCUUUCACUUUCUUGUUAAAAGCAAAGCUAAUGUUGUAAUACUUCAUGAUGAGAAUCUCUUAAAUGUAAGAUGGUUGUUACGCCUACCUGAAAUGGAAAUAGUUUCUAUAAAGCCAAAAGGUAAGGUGUGGAUUGUGGCUUCCCAAAAGAGUCUUGCAUCAUUCUUUUAUCAAAAAAGCUGGGAUAUCCAAGUCCUCCAUGGGGCUCUGACCUUUGGAGCUUACUCAAAUGAAGUUGAAGGGUUCCAACAUUUUCUUCAGACAAGAGACUAUUUCUCCUCAAAAGAGGAUGGUUUCCUCAAAGAUGUGUGGGAACAAGCAUUUGGCUGUGUGUUUCCCAGUCUACCUGGGAAUGAAGAAAUAGAGGAUGUCUGUAUAGGAAAGGAGAAAUUGGAGAGCCUGCCUGGGGCAUUUUUUGAAAUGAAGAUGAGCAGUCAUAGUUACAGUAUAUACAAUGCAAUAUAUGUUGUAGCUCAUGCUUUACAUGCCAUGAAGUUGGGCCAACAAUAUAAGAGAAACAUGAAUGGGAAAAAACUCAGUCUUCAGAGUCAUGGCAAUCAUUUGCAGUCAUGGCAGCUUCACUUCUUUUUGAAAAAGGUCUCAUUUAACAACAGUGUUGGAGAUGAAAUUUCCUUUGAUCAGAAUGGAAAACUGAUUACAGGACUGCAGAUUGAGAAUUGGGUCACUUUCCCUAACCAGUCCUUCCAUCGAGUGAAAGUUGGGAAGCUGGAUCCCUGGGCUUCUGAAGACCAAAAAUUCACCAUUCAUGAGAAAGCCAUCAGCUGGCCCAGCACUUUCAACCAAACCAUACCUGUUUCAAUGUGUACCGAGAGCUGCCCCCCUGGUCAUUUCAAGAAAAAGCAGGAGGAGAAGCCAUUUUGCUGCUACGAUUGCCUUCCAUGUCCCAAAGAGAAAAUGUCAAGCCAGAAAGAUAUGGAUGACUGUCUGAAAUGCUCAGAAGAUCAAUAUCCAAAUAAGGAUCAAGAUUCAUGUCUUCCCAGGCAAAUAUCUUUCUUGUCCUAUAAAGAACCAACAGGAAUAAGUUUAGUUGCUCUGGCAAUUUUCUUUUCUCUCUGCACACUUGUGGUGCUGGCAACAUUUUUGAAGUAUCACCAUACUCCCAUUGUCAAGGCAAAUAAUCGAAAUCUCACCUACCUUCUACUUAUCUCCCUCCUUCUCUGCUUCCUUUGCUCACUACAGUUCCUUGUUGCACCAAAUAAUAUAAUAUGUCUCCUCCGACAAAUUAGCUUUGGCAUCAUCUUCUCAAUAGCUGUGUCUUCUGUGCUGGCAAAAACCAUCAUUGUGGUUAUGGCUUUCAUGGCCACCAAGCCAGGAUCCAGGAUGAGAAAAUGGGUAGGAAGAGGACUAGCCAUCUCCAUUGUAUUUUGUUGUUCCCUCAUUCAAGCAGGCAUCUGUAUGGUGUGGCUGUUCACAUUUCCUCCUUUCGCUGAUGUUGACAUCCAUUCAGAAAUUGAGGUCAUUGUAUUGCAAUGCAAUGAAGGCUCAGCUACCAUGUUUUACUGUGUUCUGGGAUAUAUGGGCUUUUUGGCAGCUGCCAGUUUCACAGUAGCAUUUUUAUCCAGGAAUCUCCCCAGCAGUUUCAAUGAGGCCAAAUGUCUCACAUUCAGCAUGCUGAUCUUCUGCUGUGUGUGGGUCUCCUUUGUCCCAUCUUAUCUGAGCACCAAAGGCAAAUACAUGGUGGCUGUGGAGGUUUUCUCCAUUUUGGCCUCUAGUGCUGGAUUGCUAGUCUGCAUAUAUUUCCCAAAAUGUUACAUAAUAAUUGUUAGGCCAGACCUAAACAACAAGGAACAACUAACAAAGAAAAAAUAUUUGUAAUCCAUGCACAAACAUUUCCUAUUUUCAAUAUGUAUCUCUUUUGAUAUCCCCCAUGUUAAGUCUUCACACAUUUAAUUACUGAAUUUGGGACUGUGGGAGAAAUUAUUAGGAUAGUUUUUUUGUAUAUUAGUAAAUAUACAAAAAUAUGCAUCAAAUUAGUCCUUUUUCAAAUAAAAUUUAAAUUUGGAGAAAUAAAGAAAUGAAGAAAGUAUGAUAUUUAAGAAUGCAGCUUGGUUUUUGAGGUUUUUGAACACUUGAUUAGAUUAAAGUUACAUAAAGAAUUAAGAUUCAGUCUCAGAAAAAGGAAAAGCUUGUUCCUAGUCUAGAAUGUAUGGGCAUUAAGAAUCUUUUUUUGGAAUGCUGUUGUCUGAGCCUGGACUAAAUAGCAGGGGACAGAUAAGAAAAGAAGUAUAUUUUUGAAGUGUUUUAUUCUGAUUGUAUACAUAUGCAUUGUUUUUUUGUUUUUUUUUAACUUUGUAAACUGCCCAAAGUCACCUUGUGAAUGAGAUGGGUUUCAAAUAAAUAAAUUAAAUGAAUAAAUAAAUAAUAAAGGAAUAGUUAAGAAAAAAUAUGAGUAUCCAUCAAA